CGUCGUUGUGUCCCUCCACCUCGCUAUGGAGUGCCCGCACCUGACCAUCAGUGUUUGUAUUGCCCCGGACUCCGCCGUUUUCCCCAACGGCUGUCCUUCCUCGUGGUGCUGCAGCGACGAGAGAGAGGAAAUCCCUGGGUGGACGGCUACAUAGUGUAGGAAGGAGGCUCUUAUUGUCGAGGAGAGUGAUUCUCACUGCUAUGAUUACUGUUCUUGGAUCCUGAUUUCCUUGGCCACCACCCUAUGACUAAGGACCAGAGGGGUCCAAAACGAUGAUGCGUCAACCUGUUCUCGUCUUGGACUUUUAUAAUGGUCAUUAAUAAAGUUUGUCGCUCAAAUAAGAGCCCAUGGGUCUGUUUGACAUGUUCCAGUGUCCACUGUGGAAGAUAUGUAAAUGGUCAUGCGAAAAAGCAUUAUGAGGACACCCAGGCUCCACUCAGUAGCCAAAAACGUCAGGAAAAGACAGAAACACAGCAUACAGUAUGUAUGGACUGCAGCAGUUACAGUACAUAUUGUUACCAAUGUGAUGAUUUUGUGGUAAAUGAUACAAAAUUGUGCUUAGUACAGAAGGUACGGGAGCAUUUGCAGAAUUUGGAAAACUCUGCUUUUACUGCUGAACUGCAUAGGAAAAGAAAAUUCCUGGAUAGUGCUUCACUGAGCAAAAAAUUGUUGAAAGUAAAUGGAAACACAACUGCUCUAUGUGCUACUGGCCUUCGGAAUCUUGGAAAUACCUGCUUUAUGAAUGCAAUUCUUCAGUCACUCAGCAACAUUCAGCAGUUUUGCUGUUACUUCAAGGAACUGCCUGCUGUGGAACUUCGGAAUGGUAAAACGGCAGGCCGACGAACCUACCAUACACGAAGCCAAGGGGAUGUUAAUGUGUCACUGGUCGAAGAAUUUAGAAAGACCUUGUGUGCGCUAUGGCAGGGUAGCCAGACUGCCUUUAGUCCAGAGUCAUUGUUCUAUGUAGUAUGGAAAAUAAUGCCAAAUUUCAGGGGAUAUCAGCAGCAAGAUGCCCAUGAGUUUAUGCGUUAUCUCUUAGACCACAUCCAUCUUGAACUACAAGGCAAAUUUGAUGGCUCUUCUCACUUUGUCUUAUCACAGGCAAACUGUAGUCGCUCUGUCAGUAACAAAUGUUGUACAAAUGGUGCAUCCACUGUGGUAACCUCAAUAUUUGGGGGAGUUCUACAGAAUGAAGUUAACUGCCUAAUUUGUGGAACAGAAUCAAGAAAAUUUGAUCCAUUCCUAGACCUCUCUUUAGAUAUUCCAAGCCAAUUCCGAAACAAGCGUUGUAAGAACCAAGAAAAUGGACCAACCUGUACCCUGAGAGACUGUCUUCGCAGCUUUACAGACUUGGAGGAACUAGAUGAGACCGAACUGUACACAUGUCUAAAGUGCAAAAAGAAACAGAAGUCCACCAAAAAGUUCUGGAUCCAGAAAUUACCAAAGGUGCUUUGCCUUCACUUGAAGAGGUUCCAUUGGACAGCCUACUUGAGGAACAAAGUGGACACAUAUGUAGAUUUUCCUCUAAAAGGAUUGGAUAUGAAGACCUUUUUGUUAGAGCCAGAAAAUAUUGGUCCAGAAAGCUGUCUUUAUGAUCUUGAAGCUGUAGUCGUUCAUCAUGGUUCAGGUGUUGGGUCUGGUCACUACACUGCCUAUGCUACCCAUGAAGGACGCUGGUUCCAUUUCAAUGACAGCACAGUGACACUCACAGAAGAAGAAACCGUGUCAAAAGCAAAAGCCUAUAUUCUUUUUUACAUGGAGCGUCAGGUUUCUGCCACAACUGAGAAACUAUAAAUACCUCUUGCCACAAUCAUAGACUUCUCCCUCUCUGCCCCACCAGGGUGCUUUCCAACUUCUUGGCUAAUACUUGAUUCAACAUUUUUUGUGCACUUUUUUUACAUCUCAUCAGAUACAAUUUCUAUUCUACAUUAUAGUAAUCUACUGUCUGUGAAUACAGGGAAUAAUUGUCCUCACCAAGUAAAGUAUCAAUACAGUUUGUGUAGGUUUCCUACAUGUAUUCGUGUCAGCAUACACGUCACUUCUAUAGCAGUUGUAUAGCUUGUGUCCAUACAUCAUCCAAUGGUGGAGACAUUUUCAAAACCACCCUUCAUGCCUGUCAUUGAGUUUAAUGCCAACUGUCGGUGACAUGGGACAUGUUUCUGCUAGUAAAAUUCUGCCAGCCAUGACAUUAACUUUAAGGUGUAUGAUAAGGGUAGGUAUGUAUUUAUUUCCCUAAUGAUUGCACUCCCACAUAUAAACAUUAGUACUUCACGGUUGCUAUCACACGUAUAUAGUGUAUGUGUUUUCUCAGUCAUUUUUGAAUUUGAAGUAUUUUUAAACAUCGGUACCUCUUAAAAAAAAAAAUGACUUGUUUUCAAUGCGGUGUUUUGGGGUCUUCCCACCCCAUUUGGUUUUGAAAUGGAGUAUCUUCAUCAGGACUCUGGGUAUCUACAUUGCUGCUAUAACAUGGAGAAAUGCAUAACAGACUUUAAUUCCGUUUGUAAAGAAUUCUGCCUCUAUCAAGAAGUAUGGACUAUAUCAGGAAUAUUGCCUUACAUUCCAUUUCACUUUUGGUUGAUAAAUGAAACCGACAGGGCUAUUUGUACCCCAUAACUGCUUGUCAGUAUAGCCAUAUAGUAAACCAGAAAAUGCAGGUCAUGGACUGCAGAGCCAAAACAGACUUGAAGCUGAGAGACUUGUUCUUGGGUGAGAGCAGCACAGCUGAUAUGUUCAUUCCAGGCAUUAAGGGGCCCUGACAAUUGUUUUUACAGGCAUUUAUGUUCUGCUGGCUAUUUAAAGAAGCAGUGUAUUGCACAAUUGACUUUCCAAAUGCUUGGAUCAAAAAAUCUGCAUUCUUCUUUGUGUGUGAAUGACCGAGUCUGGCAGUGAUAGACAUAGUGAGUGCAUUGAAGGUACCAGUUCUGUGCCUAAUCUCUUCUCGAUUUUAUUGUAUGCUGCCCCUUUGCAAACUGCAGUUCCAAUGUGCAGCUGUAUAUGCUGAGCAUCUCCUCAGUCAGAAAAACCUCAGCAGAUGCAAAGUGUGUGUGUGAUGCUGUAAAUCUUCUUUCUUUUAGUACCUGCUUCAGUCACUUGCCCUUUUGUUUUUGAUGUUCUUGUUGCUGUGCUGCUUGUUUAACUUAUUAACCUUUACCUACUCAAGCAAAUGUGUCUGAUUACCUGAUAUGUUAGCUGACACUGCCAGUGAGAUACAAUCCAUUACAUUAUGACAUUCACAAUACUGACUAUUAGCAUUACUUUUGUACCCUGACACUAGGCACCUUAUUAUAGGCAGAGAGACACACAGAUUAACAAAGCAAAAGCAAUGUAUUUCUUCAUGGGAGCUCCCAGUUCCAUGGUUUGCCUGUCUGUUCCACUCCCAUUUUUUUUUGUCCAGAUAGAUGUGACCAGUUACCUCAAAACUCUGUAGCUUGAAAGAGUCAGCUCCAACUAAGUUAAAGUCUAUUAGUCUAUAAAGAGAGGGAAAAGGAGGCUUGAU